AUGCUGAACGUUAUCGAUCAGAUUGAGCUCGAUAAUCCAAUGGAAUAUCAGAACCAACUCAUGGGUGUGCUCAAGAUCAGAAAGAAUGAGGUGGAUGAUUGCUAUGAACUCAUCAUGGAGUUGAACUCAGGCCACCAUGGGUGCGGCCAGAAACGUAAAUACGAAUCGAUUCCUGGUCGUCCAAACGGCGUCAUUGAUGCAAACUUCAGCUGCGACAACUCCAACGAUUCGUGGGCUGUGGCAUCAUCGGUUACUUCAUCGCUAGAACCUCUGCUGAAGAGGAGAAGAGCCCAAGAGCAGCAAAUGCGAGUGCCUACGCUUAGCCGUGUGUUUGUGGACAUGCUCGGAAGUCCUCAUUAG